CGGAUCAAGUUAUUAGUGACAUGGCGAAAGACAUGAAAGAAAAGUUUGAUAAAUAUUGGAAAAAUUAUUCCAUGAUUUUGUCUUUUGCGGUUAUUCUAGAUCCUCGGUACAAGGUUAAGCUUGUUGAAUAUUGUUUUUCAAAGCUUAACAUGACAUUUGAAGAGCGUGAAAUGAAAUUGAAGUGUAUUGUGGAUGGUAUGCAUAAGCUAUAUGAUACGGAGUAUAAUAUUCCAUCGAAGACAAUGCAUGAUUCUUUAAUACCCGAGAGUUCAAAUGUUGGUGGCAAUACGCUCGAUGAGAUGGAUGGGUUCGAUACAUUUCAAAGCCAAUUCAAAGUUGCUGAUAAUGAAAAGUCACAGUUGACAUUGUAUUUGGAGGAACAAAACGUUGAUAGAAAAGUAGAACUUGAUGUUUUACAAUAUUGGAAGGAAAAUCAAGUAAGGUAUCCAAAACUGGCUAUAAUGGCUCGCGAUAUAUUGAGCAUCCCAAUUACUACUGUUGCUUCCGAAUCAUCUUUCAGUAUCGGAGGUCGGGUGUUAAGUAAGUAUCGAACUUCAUUGCUAUCAUCAAAUGUUGAAGCAUUGCUAUGCACACGUGAUUGGUUAUUUGAUUUAAAAGAUGAAAACGAGAACGAAAUGGAUGAAGAUCUUGUUGAAGACAUUGAAGCAUUGAUUCCAACUUUUGGCAACUUUUAGGGACUUUAAAGGAAGCAUCCAUGAAGAAGCGCAAUUCGUCAAGACGUUUUGUAUGUUAUUGAAUUAGAUCUUUUGUAAAUGCAAGGAACCGA